UCCUCCUCCCUUCACUAUUCUACCUUCUUUUCCCCCUCCCUUGCGAACCUCAUUUCUUCUCUUUCCUUGUCACAAAUCCAUGGACGGAUGGAUUUUAACGCAGAUUCCUCGUUGCUCUCUCUUCUCCCACCCCCUUCUAUUAUGAGGCUCUCUCCCCGUUGCCCUCCUCCGUUGUUGUAGCUCGAUUGGGGCGCGGGAUCGAUCCGGGGACAGCAAUUUGGGGCUUCGUCGGCGGCGGCGCGGCCGGAGACAUAAGGCGAAAUGUUGAACAAGAUCAUGAAACGGGCCAACCGCAAGGGCCCCAAAGCGGAGGUCGCCGCUGAGCCCCCACCCGCCUCCGCCCCCGCCUCCUCCUCCGUCACCGUCAACCACGCCUCCCGCACGGCCGUCCCCUCCCCCGGAGGCACCGCCAACCUCCUCCCCACCGGCGCUGCCGCCCCACAGAUCGAAUCCCUCCCGCUCUUCCGCGACGUGCCUGUCCCUGAGCGGCAGUCGCUCUUCCUCCGCAAGCUCCAGAUCUGCGCCGUGGUCUUCGACUUCUCCGACACGCUCAGGUCGGCCCGGGAGAAGGAGGUGAAGCGGCAGACCCUCUCGGAGCUCGUCGACUUCGUGCAGUCAGGCUCCGGCCGUCUCGCUGAGCCUGUCCAGGAGCAGCUUAUCCGCACCGUCGCCAUUAACAUAUUCCGCUGCCUUCCCCCGGCCUCCCAUGAGAACACCGGCUCCGAGGCUGCCGAUCCCGAGGAGGAGGACCCCUACCUCGAUCCUGCCUGGCCUCACCUCCAGCUCGUCUACGAGCUCCUCCUCCGCUUUGUCAUCUCCUCCGACACCGAUACCAAGGUCGCCAAGCGCUACAUCGACCACACCUUCGUGCUCCGCAUUCUCGACCUCUUUGAUUCGGAGGACCCCCGCGAGCGCGAGUACCUUAAGACCAUCCUCCACCGCAUCUACGGCAAGUUCAUGAUCCAUCGCCCUUUCAUCCGCAAAGCCAUCAACAAUAUCUUCUACAGAUUCAUCUUCGAGACUCAGCGACACAGUGGCAUUGGCGAGCUGCUGGAGAUCCUUGGGAGUAUUAUUAAUGGAUUCGCUCUGCCGAUGAAAGAGGAGCACAAGUUGUUUCUUGUCCGGGCCCUCAUACCGUUGCACAAACCAAAGUUAGUGGGGAUGUACCACCAGCAGCUCUCCUACUGCAUUGUGCAGUUCGUCGAGAAGGAUUACAAGCUAGCUGAUACAGUCGUUAGGGGGCUCUUGAAGUACUGGCCUGUAAUUAAUUGUCAGAAGGAGGUGUUAUUCCUUGGUGAAUUGGAGGAGGUGCUGGAGGUGACGCAACCUGUGGAGUUUCAGCGGUGCAUGGUUCCCUUGUUCAAGCAGAUCGCUCGCUGCCUCAGCAGCUCUCAUUUCCAGGUUGCUGAACGGGCGUUAUUCCUCUGGAACAAUGAUCAUAUAGUGAGCUUAAUUGCUCAAAAUCGCAGUGUAAUAUUUCCCAUCAUAUUUGAAGCACUGGAGAAGAACAUGCAGGCCCAUUGGAACCAAGCGAUUCAUGGCCUAACAGCAAACGUGCGGAAAAUGUUCCUUGACAUGGACAGCGAGCUGUUCGAGGAGUGCCAGCGACAAUACGAAGAAAAGGAAGCGAAGGCAAAAUCAGUGGAAGAGCAAAGAGAGUUGGCAUGGAGAAGGCUGGAAGCCGUUGUUGAAGCCAAGGCCGGAGGAGAAGACAUGGUUCUAGCCAAUUAGCCAAAUUUGUGGUUGUAUUGUAAGUUAAAUGUAUCAUCUGUGGAUAUGCCUCGGAUCAUGUCAGGUUUCAAGGUUUUCUUUUUUGUCUCCUUUUGUGCAUUUCAAAGAGAGAUGCCGUAUUUUAUUCCAUUCACGAUCUUUUUCUUUUUAUUGGUUUCCUGCAGUGCAAAGAUUUCGAACUUAAUAUGUAUUUCUUUCAGUCUGUUUUGACA